AUGGUUCCCAGAAUAUUUUUUUUCCUUCAGUUUUUCGCUCUCUUCACUGUUACUUUUGCUUCCACUGAGGAAGCAACUGCUCUCCUCAAAUGGAAAGCAACUUUUCGAAACCAAAAUAAUUCCUUAUUGGCUUCAUGGACACUAAGUACUGAUGCAUGCAGGGGUUGGUAUGGAGUUAUAUGCUUUAAUGGUCGGAUAAACAGGUUGAAUAUUACAAAUGCUGGUGUCAUUGGUACACUCCAUGAUUUUCCAUUUUCAUCUCUCCCGUUUAUCGAAUAUGUUGAUCUUAGCAUGAACCAUCUCUCUGGUAACUUAACUGAGCUCGAAACUCUGCAGCUUUAUUCUAACCAACUUUUUGGUCCCAUUCCUAGUGAAUUGGGGAAUCUAAAAAACCUCGAUGAUUUGAAGCUAUCCCGUAAUAAACUUACUGGUUCAAUUCCAAUUACUUUAGGUGACUUAACUGAGCUCAAAAUUUUGUACCUUUAUUCUAACCAACUUUCUGGUUUCAUUCCUAGUGAGUUGGGGAAUUUGAAAAACCUCUAUGAGCUAGAACUAUGCAAUAAUCAACUUAGUGGUUCAAUUCCAAUUACUCUGGGUUACUUAACUGAGCUCAAAAUUUUGAACCUUCAUUCUAACUACCUUUCAGGUCUCAUUCCCAGUGAGUUGGGGAAUAUGAAAAACCUCACUGAUCUAGAACUAUCCCAUAAUAAUCUUACUGGUUCAAUUCCAAUUACUUUAGGUGACUUAACUGAGCUCAAAAUUUUGUACCUUCAUUCUAACCAACUUUCUGGUCUCAUUCCUAGUGAGUUGGGGAAUCUGAAAAACCUCAUUUUUCUGGAUUUAUGUAAUAGUCAACUUACUAGUUCAAUUCCAAUUACUCUAGGUAACUUAACUGAGCUUAAAAUUAUGUACCUUUAUUCUAACCAACUUUCUGGUCUCAUUCCUGUAGAAAUAGGGAAGAUGAAAUCACUUGAGAGAUUAUCCUUAUGGAGUAAUAAUCUUUAUGGUCCAAUUCCAAUAACUCUGGGUGACUUAACUGAGCUCAAAGUUCUGCAUUUUUUUUCUAACCAAUUUUCUGGUCCCAUUCCUAGUGAAUUGGGAAACUUGAAAAACCUCACUAAUUUGGAUUUAUCUGAUAAUCAGCUUACUGGUCCUAUUCCUGCUUCCUUUGGCAAUUUGAGAAACUUGCAGUCCCUACAUCUCACUGCCAACAAACUCUCUGGUUCUAUUCCAAAAGAACUUGCAUAUUUGGAGAACUUGGUUGUGCUGGAAAUGGAUGAAAAUCAGUUUUCAGGCCAUUUGCCUGAGUAUAUUUGCCAAGGUGGGAAACUUGAGAAGUUCACGGUGGCUAGCAACAAGCUGACAGGGAAAUUACCAAGAAGCUUAAGCAAGUGUUCGAGUUUCAAAAGGCUGCGCUUCAAUAAUAACAGUUUUACUGGGAAUUUAUCUGAAGCUUUUGGCAUCCAUCCAAAGCUUCAGUUCAUUGAUUUGAGUGACAAUGAUUUUCAUGGUGAACUCAACAGCAACUGGGGGAAAUGCGAAAAUUUGACUGAUCUGCGUGUAGCCAGAAAUAACAUUAGUGGUAGCAUACCACCAGAGAUUGGAAAUGUCAGAGGGCUUUUAGGACUUGAUCUUUCAUCAAAUUAUUUGAUUGGGCAGAUUCCAAAGGAAUUUGGAACAUUAAUUUCUCUGGUUAAGCUUUCUGUGCAGAACAACAAUAUCUCUGGCAAUAUCCCGGAGGAACUUGGGUCACUGACAAAGUUAGAGUCCCUCGAUCUAUCAGACAACAGAUUGAAUGGGUCAAUCCCGACAUGUAUAGGAGAUUUCGUGCACUUGUUUCAGUUGAACCUGAGCAACAACAAGUUUGGCCAGAGUAUUCCCAAGGAUAUAGGGAGGAUGACUCAGCUUAAUCUACUUGAUUUAAGCUAUAAUCUUCUGCUUGGAGUCAUCCCACCUCAGUUAGCCAAUUUGAAGGUGUUGGUAAGCUUAAAUCUUUCCCACAAUGGCCUAUCUGGGUGCAUUCCUCAAGAACUUGAAGGUUUGACUGGUUUGCAGGAUGUUAUAUUGUCAUACAAUGAGUUGGAAGGUCCAAUCCCUAAUAAUAAAGCUUUUAUCAAUGCCUCAUUGGAGGGUAAUAAAGGUCUUUGCGGUAAUGUAGCAGGACUCCAUCCCUGUGAAAGGCUGUCUUCUAUGGUGAAGAAGCACUCAAUGUCGAAGGGACGUAAACUCAUCCUCAUCAUUGUACUUCCUGUUAUUGGAGCACUUGUUCUACUCUGUGUGUUUGUUGUUGUUUUGUCUAUGUGUGAUAAAAGAAGUAGAGUUAGAGAUGUUGAAAGACGGGAUGAUGGUUGGAUUUCGAUAACCAUUUUGGAUGGGAAGGCAUUGUACAGGGACAUCUUAAUUGCCACAGAGGAGUUUGAUGCAAAAUUUUGCAUCGGGCAAGGAGGACAUGGUAGCAUUUACAAGGUAAACCUUCCAUCAAUAGGGAAUAUAGCUGUGAAGAGACUUCAUUCUUCAUUUGAUAAUACACCUCCCAAAAGCUUCUUGAAUGAAGUAAGGGCAUUGACUGGGAUUAAGCACCGGAACACUGUGAACCUCUAUGGCUAUUGUUCGAAUGCACAACACUCGUUCUUGGUUUACGAGUAUGUGGAGAGGGGGAGUUUGUCUAGUAUUUUGAGCAGCGAAGUUGAGUCCAAGAAAUUGGAUUGGUUUAAAAGGGUGAAUGUCAUCAAGGGUGUUGCUUUUGCUUUAUCUUACAUGCACCAGGAUUGUUCACCACCGAUUGUUCAUCGAGACAUAUCAAGCAGUAAUGUUUUGCUUGAUUCUGAGUAUGAAGCUCGUGUUGCAGACUUUGGCAUAGCAAAGCUUCUCAAGCCAGACUCAUCCAAUUGCACUGCACUUGCAGGGACAUAUGGCUAUAUUGCACCUGAGCUUGCAUAUACAAUGAAGGUUAUGGAAAUGUGUGAUGUCUAUAGCUUUGGAGUAUUAGUAUUUGAGAUAAUCAAAGGAAAGCAUCUCGGGGAAUACAUUACUGUGCUAGCAAAUUCAUCGACUAUAGAUCAUGUGCAGCUUAGUGAUUUGCUAGAUGAACGUCUUCCAUAUCCUGAAGAUGAAGUAAAAGAUGUUUUGGCUUUUAUCAUCAAGCUAGCAAUCUCUUGUUUGCUUGAAGCUCCCAAAUCAAGGCCAACAAUGCACUUCAUCUCUCAUAGGUUAUCAUCAAUGGAUGCACGUCCGCCUACUCAUGUAAAGCGAGCUUUGUAAUCCCUGAUAUAUAU